GGGAGCGGCUCCCAGGUCGGCGAGGCUGAGCUGCGCACCCGCCAGGGGGACCAACAUGGCCUCGCGGGCGCCCGUGGGGGAGUGUGCGGCUGCCCACGCCGCCCUGGGCAGGGUCACCGCCAGGCACCGGCAGCUAGCGCUGCUCCUGGGCAGCGCGGCCGACUGCGCUCAGCUGAGGGAGGAGCUGCAGGAGAGGGGCAAGGAGGCCCAGGAGCUCGGCACGGGCCUGGAGGAGCGCGUGGCGCGGGUGGGGGCCAUGCUGACGGAGAUGGAGACCAGCCUCAACAUCCCUGUCUGGACUGUGGAGGCCACGGAGGCGGCCUGGGCUGAGCGCGGCUCCACCGCUGAGGCUGAGGCAGAGGGGACGGGCGGCGAGAUGCCAGGCGGGACGGAGGCGCCCGGGCACUGCUGCACCGUGUCAUGACCAGGUGCAGGGAGCGGGGCUCUGGUGCCCCCCAGGAGGGGGGGGUCCCGGUGCGGGGCAGGCCCAGGCCCAGGCCAAGGCCCACUGGGUGCAGGAAAGGCCAAAGGAGCAAUAAACGCCUCUGUCCUGCCGCCCGUGUUGGGUGCGUUGCAACCAGCUGCCACGCGGCGUCCUGGUGCCCUGGGCGCAGGCGAGCUAACCUGCCCCGAGCCCCCCCGCCCCAACCUGGACCCCCACCGGGGGCUGGAGCAGACCAGGCUGCUGCCGGGUGGGUUUCAGCCCGGGGCCCGAGGGGACAGACCCGGGCCGAGGAGCAGCGAUAAAAACACGUGCGUUUAUUUAUACGUUAACCGUGGGCGCGACGGCAGAAUUAACUUAACGAGAGCCUAUGAUACAGGGGAGGGACCCGGACACACACAGGGACGGGCGGGCGACGGGCGUCAGGUCUCCUGGCUCUUUGCCUGCUUGGUGUAUGCUUCCCGCAGGUGCUUCUGGAAGGCUGCGGGAGAGCGGG